AUGAGGGACAGAGCUCGGAUACCGUUGCUGGCGAGGUCCGUCAAGGACAGAUUUACCUUAUAUUUGGGCGGAGCAGAUCCUUGGGCUUCUCGAAGUUGGUUGAAGAAUGUAGAGAGCACCUUUGAGUACCUGAGUUGCACGGAUGAGGAGAAAGUGGAACUGGCAGCGUAUCAUCUCCGAGAUCAAGCAGUCACAUGGUGGGACAUGCAGAAGACGAUCUUUGGAGAGCAGCGCAUCACAUGGGCGAUGUUCCGAGACGCGUUUGAGCGGCAAUAUUUCCCAGCGACCUUCUGUCUAGCUCGACGCCAGGAAUUUCUGAAUCUCAAGCAGGGCGACCGGUCAGUGAUGGAGUACAAUGCCGAAUUCUGUAGGUUGGCAGAGUUUUGUCCUCACUUAGUGGCACAAGAUUAUGAUCGUAUGCAGCAGUUCACUCAGGGUCUUGCAGCAUACAUUCGGAUUCGGAUGUCAGGAUUUCCAGGUAGUUCCUAUCGGGAGGUUCUAGAUCGAGCACUAUUUAUUGAGAUGACUCAGCAGCAAGUGAAUCAGGAGAAAAGUAAGGACAAGCAACUGUCGCAGAAGAGAGGGAAUAAGGGUCAAGACUUGCAAGUUACUUCCGAAGGAUCUUCUCGGCCACAGGAAUCAGGGCGCACCACGGAUGGGUCUACUAGUUCCCCUAAGAGAAAUCGGAAGAAUGAUAAUAGUGAAACCAGGGGUGCAGUUAGUGGUUAUGGGGAGAUAGCAAUGUAUGGCCUCGAGAAGCUUCAUUCUUGUGGAGCUAUCCCGAUUACUAUUUAA